AAGCGAAGGCGAAGCAGCUGAGAAGAAAAAGGCAAAAGACUGGAUCAUUGAGUUGCCAGAGGACGGGAUCGAGGAGGUGAAGCCGCUUCGAAAAGGUGCCGUUCAGUCUGGAAAUCAACAGGCUUCAUAACUUUCUCGUCCUCUGUAACGAAUACGACACACUGUCUCUUCUGCGACCCUGGGAAAUGCAUUGGCUGAAUGCGGUGCGCAUGAAGAUGGACGAGCCAUAUGUACUCUGGAUCGCCUGGGAAAUGGGCGAUACCUUGUUGUACCGCGACAUGGUUGUCCAAAUAGCCGAAGGCGUGUCAUUUCAGUCUCUCGAUAACGAAAACUCUGAAAGGGCGGUGCAGUUUGGACCCUCACGGACACACUGGACACCUGGACAUCGCUAUGCGACUCAUAUUCCGAUGAUUCCCCUCGACUUUUUCAGGGGCGUGAGCGAAGAUAAAUUUUCAGAAACCAUCUCUCGUGCUCGGAUACUGAUGAUAGAAUCUACCGUCAGACCGUAUUGCCGUAUUCUGUCACAGAUGAGAAUCAAAGCCAACCCUUUGACCCAAAAUCCAUCAGCACGACUGAAGGAUAAUUGUAUGAAAUUCUGCAUUCCAACCGGCGUCGGUUCCUUGGUUAUUGCCGGCAUCACAGACUCUUUCAACAUAUGGGACUCACAGCUGCCUGUUACAUUUUCUGGGAAGGUUAAGCAGAUUGUGGACCAUCUGGCUGCAAUCAAGAUACAAAACUCGGCUUGCGCCAACUGCCAGAAAAUGUUCCAGGAUGAGUUAGCGAAUGCACGCAGCGUAACAGCAGUAGCCAUCAAGUGCCUAGCUCCCCUCAGCCAAAGCCAACAAGAGCGACUCGACAAACGGGGUACGCAACUUGCACUGGGACUGGAGAACGUGGUGGAUAAGGGCAUGCUGCACAUGUAUUACUUGUAGGUACAUGUACUUUUUCGUUACGUGGUGUUAUUCCUUCUCUCUGGAACAACAGACGUCUCUUUUGCGGAAUUAAAGGGGUUUGUAUCAUGUUGAACUUUUUAUUACGUGUAGGAUGGAUUAUGUAGGCCUCAGAACAGCCGAUGUGUUUCUCAUUUUCGUGUUUUGUACAUGUAAUCUUCACAGGGGAAGGCUCA